AUGGAGGAUCCAAGUUCAGAAGAGAAGCAAUCCCUGGCCAGUGUAGAGCUGGUGUUAGAUCUGUGCUUCAAGGAAGCUUACCCAGAUCAUGUUCUCUCCUUCCUCAUUAGAAGGGUCAAGGAGGGGAAAGUGUUGCCCCUGCUUUGCUGUAGGAAGCUGACAUUUGUGGAGAAGCAACCACCAUAUCCGAUCAUGGAGAAGAUCCUGCAAAAGGUUCAGCUUCACAGAGUUCAGGAGGUCGAAAUCAAGCGCAUCAAGGAGCCACUGAACCCGGCCAGGAUUGUUCCUUACCUGGGUCAGAUGGUUCAUCUGAACAGACUCCACCUCAGUGAAAUCAUCACAGAUCCACAAAAUUCUCAGACUCUGCACGAGAUGCACAGUGUCUUCAUUCAGCCCAUAUCUCAGUUCCUCCGUCUGAAUCAACUCCAGCAUAUUCACCUGGAUUCUGUUUACUUCUUGCACGGACACCUGGGCAAGGUACUCAGAUACCUGGACACCCGCUUGCAGACCCUGUGCAUCACAAAUUGCUUGCUGUUGGACUUGGACCUUAUACACCUGUCCUUAUGCCCUGGCACCAGCCACCUAAGAUCCCUGGAUUUGAGCAGAGUCAUCCUCAGUGACAUAGAUCCUGAUGGGCUCAGAAUUCUACUAAGCACAGCCUGGGCCAGCCUGGAAUACCUGGACUUAUCUUGGUGUAGGAUCUCGGACUCCCAGCUCACCGCCAUCCUGCCUGCUCUAAGCCUCUGCUCCCGACUGCAGCACUUCAGGUUCUACAGAAAUCCGGUAACCAGUGCUGGACUGGAGAGCCGGCUGAGACAGAUGCUGCCACCUCCAAAGUCAACACUCCUUGUGCUUCCCAUUCCACUGGACUGCUACAGGGACUUCUGA